AUCUUCAUUUAUGUAUUUGCCGACAUUGUACUAAAUAUAUAUACAGUAUCACUCCAACUCCCACCUACCUGCACUCGUUCAAUUCCUCUCUCUUUACUCUUCAACCAAGAGAGAGAGAGAGGAGCAGAUAUUGAAUUGAUGCAGAGAAGAAGAGCAUUUACUGACUGUUUGUCACUGUUCCAAUUUUCAAAACCUGCCUCAACCAUCUCCAGAAUAAAUGCAGAGGUAUAAUAAAUAGACAUAGUUACUUCCACUCAUGGCACGUGACUUCUUUCUCUAUUAAGGGAAUACAACCAAAAGCAGGUAGCAGAAAGCUCAGCACAGAAGAUAUCCAUUCUUGUCAAACUAAGAAAUGGAUUAUGCAUACAAAUUGCUGAUGCUUUAUUCUGCUCUCACUCUGUGCCUCCUUCCAUUCUCUUCUUGCUCGACUCCCUCUGUUGGUUUCUAUGCAGGUUCGUGCCCUGCCGCUGAAAUCAUUGUGAAGAACACAGUGAGAUCAGCUUCUGAUUUGGAUCCCACGAUCCCCGGGAAGCUCCUCCGCUUGCUCUUCCACGAUUGCUUCGUCGAGGGCUGUGAUGCUUCCAUACUACUACAAGGAAAUGGGACGGAGAGAAGCGAUCCUGGAAACACGUCCGUUGACGGAUUCGCUGUGAUAGACUCAGCAAAGAGAUUGCUUGAAAUCUUCUGCCCCGAAACAGUUUCUUGUGCCGACAUUCUUGCACUAGCUGCUAGAGAUGCAGUUGAAUAUACUGGGGGACCAAGUGUGCAGAUUCCGACAGGAAGGAGAGAUGGCAGGAUUUCAGCAGCUGCAAAUGUGAGACCAAACAUCGUAGACACAAGCUUCACAUUAGAUGAGAUGGCUAAGCUCUUCUUUGCCAAGGGUUUAUCUAUGGAUGACCUCGUUACUCUCUCAGGGGGUCACACGAUUGGAAAAUCACAUUGCAGCUCAUUCAACGACCGGUUCAAGCUCGACCCGAAUGGAAAUGUUACAGUGAUCGAUUCAUCCCUGGACCAGCAGUACGCAGUCCAGCUAACGAAAAUGUGCCCUGCCGGUGCUAGGGAUGAUUCGAUCACUGUGAAUAACGACCCAAGCACACCAUUUCAGUUCGACAACCAGUACUACAAGAUACUGUUGGAGCACAAGGGGCUUUUCCAGUCUGAUUCUGCACUGGUAAAUGAUAACAGAACGAUGAACAAAGUGGUGGAAUUUGCUAACAGCCAAGAUGGUUUCUUUGAGAGUUGGGCUGUUUCUUUCUUGAAACUUUCCGUCAUUGGGGUUAAGACCGGGGAUGAGGGUGAAAUUCGACAAUCUUGUUCGAUGCCUAAUCGAUGAUCGGAUUAUCACCUCUGUGCGUUUCUCCUGCGCUAAAACAGUUCAUUUGUAUAUACAAUGAUGUGCUUUGUUAGUGAUAAUAUUUUAAAUAUUA